UAUCCUGAUAAAAUAUAUCCAAUCUGCCUCCAUCCCUACCGCUACUAUCACCAUCAUCACUAUCGUUCGAUAUAUCCAUAUUCUCAAACUCCAAAAAAGAAAUGUCUCUUAGAGCAAGACCAACUCCGACCAAGGAAACAUUGGUAUCUGAUACAGCUUCCUCAACCACCACUUCUGAUUUUGCCGGUGAUGAUGUACCCGAAACCCCAAAGCCCCAACCGCCACCACCGUCCCUCUCACAACGUGCUCUCUCCCAAACCCUAACAGGCACAGCCAGCUUGGCGAAGCUCCUUCCAACGGGCACCCUUCUAGCCUUGCAACUCCUCACACCCAUCUUCACCAACAGCGGUUCAUGUGACUCCACCACGCGCCCCAUGACAUUCAUCCUCCUUGUCCUCCUCGCCCUUUCGUGCUUCCUCGCUUGCUUCACCGACAGUUUUAGGUCGUCUGACGGGCAAGUUCACUAUGGCUUCGUGACAUUCAAAGGGAUGUGGUUGUUUGAUUACCCAACUGCAGCAGGUUUGAGUUCCGGCCUCCCUGACUUGAGGAAAUACAGGCUAAGCUUCAUUGAUGUUGUUCAUGCAAUAUCAUCUGUGUUUGUGCUUGUUGCAUUGGCUCUAAGGGAUAAGAAUGUGGUGAGUUGCUUUUAUCCAAUGCCUGCUCAUGAAACUCAAGAGGUUUUGGACAUAGUUCCUAUUGGAAUUGGGUUCUUAUGCAGCUUGUUGUUUGUGGUCUUUCCUACCAGAAGGCAUGGGAUUGGUUAUCCUGUUACAAGCAGCACAUAAUUGUUUCCUAAAUUUAUUUAUUUAGAUGAAAUAUUGUAAAAAAUAUGAUUAAUUUAUUUUGCUAAAUCAAAUAAAGACAAAUUCAACCAAUUUCAUGGGCUUCAUCAACAUUAACAUGGUCAUAUUUCAAGAAACUUAUUGGAGUUGUUUAUAAUUUUUAUUAUUUUGAGAGUCUGUGCAGGUGUUUGGAUAC